GGUGUCGUUCAGGUCUGAAAUUCAAUCGACAGUCUGGACCAUCGACUGGCUGCGCCGCUCGAGAUCGCAUUGGGCAACAGGAACUAGGACUUGCCCGUGCACCUCGAGCGGUGUGUUGCACUCUCAGCGGAGACAAGCCUGACCUCGAUCAUCGUACCGGAUCUGGGUCCGUCGAAGUCUCGAUGAUGGCCGUCAUAUUAGAUCUGGCUCAAAGGCCAUUUUGGGAGACGCUGUCCGGGCUGGACUGUUGUUGUUGCCCUGCACGUCGCUGGCGGCUAAGGAGGUAUCGCUUGAUUACGCGUCGGAGACAGCUGUAUACUGUGGACACACGAUUGGAGCCGAAUCAAUCGCUACCUGGGAAAUGAUUCGAGUGGAAAAUUCAGAGUGGGGCCUUAGCAGCCGG